AUGAAUGCUGUAAUUUUGAGGGGUGGAAAGCAAUUAGAAGAUCCUCCUAUCAAGGAGCCAUCAAAAGAGGUUGUUGAAGGGGUAGGCGAAAGUGAGAAGGUGAAUGAUAGUCCGAUGAUCGAGGAAGAGCCAAAGGAAGCAACUCCACCACCUCUUAUUCCAUAUGUGCAAAAGAUGCCAUCUUAUGCAAAAAUUUUAAAGGAUAUGCUCUCUAAUAAGAAAAAUCUAGAAGAGAAUGCUACAGUUGCUUUGACUGCAGAGUGUAGUGCAAUUUUGCAAAACACACUCACUAAGAAAUUAGGUGAUCCAGGUAGCUAUUCAAUUCCAGUGAAACUUGGAGACAUUGAAAUUAACAGGGCAUUGUGUGAUCUUGGUGCAAGUGUGAGUCUCAUGCCACUUUCCAUUUGUAAGAAGCUUCAAAUGGGUGAACUUAUGCCUACACGCAUAUCUCUACAACUUGCAGAUAGGUCGGUUAAGUUUCCUUUAGGUGUACUUGAGGAUGUGCCUCUUCGCGUAGGAAAAAUCUUUAUUCCCUGCGAUUUUGUUGUGAUGGAGAUGGAGGAGGAUGCACAUGUUCCCAUUAUUCUUGGUAGGCCAUUCUUAGCUACUGCAGGCGCAAUUUUUGACAUGAAAAAUGGCAAAAUCACUUUUGAGGUUGGGGACGAGAAAAUGGAGUAUUCACUUUUGAAUGCUAUGGGCACUCCUUCUAUGGGAGAGACUGUUUGUCAAGUGGAGGUCCUUGACGAUCUAUAG